AAAUACUUUAAACUAUCAUCAUUACUAUAAUUUUAAACACGUCUUAGUAGAUCAUUAGGCGUCCAGAACUUGAAUCUCGUCUAACAAAUGGGCACCUUGCACUCCAAUCAACCUUAACUAUUUAGGCUUCCUAUACUGAUCAUAAGUGCUCAAGACUUCUUCCUGGCUUGACCUCUAGAUGCCUCUGACAAAGUUCGAGCUCUAGGUGGCUCGAUACAAUACAUUUUGAAUCUAUUUUGUACUUAAAACUAGCCCAUUUGCUUACUUAUCGAAUCCAAACUAGCUACCAAAUCAUAAGUUGAUGUACUAAAUCCAACUAUGAAAACUUUUAAAACCAAAUCAAAAUGUAUUGUUACUUUUUUUGUGAUUUUUUUUAAAAACAAAAACGAAUAGGUUUUUACAUUUUGUUUUCAAAAGUUGAAAAAAUAAAACAAAAGGCAUUAAUUCUUUAUUUUAUCUUAAAUUAGCCUCUCAAAACUAAAAUGGCUAAAAUAAGGUGCAGUAAAAGGCUAAUAUCAAGCACAUAAAUUAUAAAUGAAUGAAAGGAUAAGAGUCAAUCUACCCAAAUUAAAAGGAUUGAAAAUUAUAAGUGAGGAAGGAUUGAAGGAACCUUCCAAUCCUUUUUUUUUUAAUGUUUUUAUCCUUUUUGCCAAAUGAUACUAAAUGCUUCCUCACUAGUCCCUCCCCUGAUCAUAUCCAUCCUCCAACCCUCCUAACAAACAAAGCAUAAAACCUAAUUAUAAUUAUAAGUCUUUGCAAAAUAAUAAUAAUAAUAAUAAUAAAAAUCGAGUAUGUUCAAUCAUUUUUAUAUUUGUUGUGGCAAGAAAUUAAGAUUGAAUUUCAAAUAGAUGUCGAUGCAAAAUAGGAAACUACAAAAGACAUGCGUAAUAUACUAAUUUUGUUGAUUGCUUUCAAGGCGUGCUGAUUAGGGAGACAAAAAGGAUAAUGCUCAAUAGUUCAGGGCAAAAUAGAUUAAUUUUAAACUUUGAGGACUAACUGAAACUAACCCUAUAUAGUUUGGAGAUUUACUUGUAGUUAUCUCUUGUCAUAUUUUUGCUUUUGGACGGACUUGACGCAAAAUGGGAGAAUAUAGUGCCUUUGUUUGUUCUGCUCAAAUUUUAUGUCGGGAAAACCGAGUGUUCAAUUGCAUCUAGAAAGUGAAAUAGUGAGACCUUGUUGUGUGAUCUAUAAAUGGGUAUGCUGUUUUCAUUUCAUCGGCACUCUCAAAUACAAGGAAACCAGCUGUCCCCUCCUGUUCAGAGCUUUGCUAUGACCGAAGAAAAUCAACAGAUCAAGUCCCCUCAAGAACCACCUGCUGAUCAAGCAGUACCACCCUUGCCAAGAAUGUACGGGUUGGGAUCAAAUCCUGCUGCAAAAACAACAUGGCCUGAGUUAGUUGGCUUAACAGCGGAAGAAGCUGAAAGAAAGAUAAAGGAGGAGAAGCCAGGUGCUCAAAUUCAAGUUGUUCAACCUGAUUGCUUUGUGACCAUGGAUUUUCGACAGAAUAGAGUACGAUUACACGUUGACUCCUUAGGCAAAAUCGAGAGAGCUCCUAGAAUUGGUUAAUCUUGCUUUCGUGUAUGAGAAUGUACCGAGUCUAUAAGUCGAUCUUGGAUUGGCUAUGUGGUUUACCUUGUGUUUGUAAUAGGUACGUCAAUUUGCCUGUGAAUGUUGCGUGAUAUCAUUUUCUUCUCUUUUCAUGUCAUUCACUAUGGGUUGUAAGAAGGAAGUCUUGUUUCUUAAAUUUCAGGGUCUCUUAAACUGAACUUGCUUGCAUAAACCGAAACAAAAUGAUAAAGAAAUAGAGUACUCUUGCAAACUUUUAUCA